GAGAGAAGAGAGGGCUGCAGCAGAGGCACAAGAGGCAGGGCAGAGGAGAGCGGUGCUGUGCUGCAUGGGGGCCACAGCCGGGCCACAUGGCAGGAGUCCAGACCACAGUGUGCUCUGAUCACGUGCUCUAGGAGCCGCCACAGGGCUACAGUUCACCUGGAAGCACUGACAAGGUUGUGUGCCCAUGAGGCCGUCUGUGCUGGUCCUGGUCCUGUUCAUCAGUGCCCAGGCUGUGGCUGCCACCGGAGGGGACUCCUGCACCACCAACACAGGGCAGCAGCAGGAUCCGGGCGGGGCCCCCAGCUCUGUCCCCACAGUGGACCCCAAGCUCUUCACCAAGCGCCGCUACCGCUCACCCAGGGUGCUUUUCAGCGCCCAGCCCCCGAACAUGGAGCCGCCAGGGCCGCAGGGGGCCGGCAGCAGGGCCCGUAGGCGGGCGGGCCAGCCUCAGCACCGCGGGGUGUACUCGGUUUGUGAGAGCAUUAGCGUCUGGGUGGGCAACAAGACCAAGGCCACGGACAUCUCAGGCAACGAGGUGACCGUGCUCCCGGACGUAAAUAUCAACAACGUCAACAAGAAGCAGUACUUCUUCGAGACGACGUGUCACAGCGCCCGCUCGGGCAGCUCGGGCUGCCUGGGGAUCGACGCCAGACACUGGAACUCCUAUUGCACCAACUCACACACUUUUGUACGGGCGCUGACGUCUUUUAAAAACCUGGUGGCCUGGAGGCUCAUUCGCAUCAAUGUGGCCUGCGUGUGCGUGCUCAGCCGCAAGUCAUGGCGGCAGUGACUCCUACCCGCACGUCACCCGUGGCACACACGCAUACACAAACAGUUGAGACAGUCUCCACAUAGACAUCACCGAAGCCUUCUCACCCUCUGCACAAAGUAAAUUAUUGAUAUAUGUCAAGGUAUCAGGACUGCAUGUAUAUAAACCAGACCUGGGUCAAACAGUAUUUGUACUGAUGUCUUUGCAAAGCUGGUAGGAGAAGUUGAGCACAAAGCAGUCACUCUAAUUGGCUUAAUUUCUUGUACUCACUGUAAGUAAACUGACCACUAAAGCAUUUUGAAAUACAGUUUGAUGCAGGUCUGAUAUGGGCACCCUUUGUUUAAUCUGUUGUUGUUGUUAAUAUUGUUAUUUAUUAAA